ACUAGCGACCCUUCUUUCUGAUUGUCAAUUAAGCGCACACGACCACGUUUUCCUGAUCCGCAAGCUCGUCAUACCCCCUCUCUCCUGGUCUGCAGAGACAAAUUGCGACAAGAUGGCACAGAAGGCAAAGAAAGACCGUGCGAAAGCCAACAUCUCGUCCCUCAAUAAUCUCCACAUUGGCACGCUUGCGAUAAACACCAGUUUCCUCCUCUUCAAUCUGAUCUUCAAGCGCCGCUCGUUGGUAGCAUACCUGAUCUUUUCGAUACCUUGCGGCGUGGCAGAGUAUAUCCUCGAGACUACAGGAAGACCGAAGUAUGAUGCAAAUACCAAGGCAUUGAAGAGCGCAGGAGAAGAUCUGGCUGCUCCAGGGUUGACGGAAUAUAUGUUUGACAUCAUAUGGGUCACUUGGUUGAGCCUGGUCUGUGUCAUCCUCUUUGGCAAUUGGGGAUGGAUCGUGUAUAGCGUUGUACCGGUUUAUGGGGCAUAUAAAGGAUACGGAUUACUUGGUCUGGCGAGGGGGAUGAUGGGUGGUGCUCAGCAAGGACAGAUGCCCGAUGAGCAAGCGGCUAUGGCUGGAAAUCGGAAGCAAAGGAGAGCUGCAUGA